UGGUAUUUUUGCGUUGUUCAAGCUUAAUUAGUUGUGAAAUUCUGAGGUCAGUAACAUAACCCACAAACAUAUACUUAACAACUAAUAUUGGAUGAAGUUGCUUGUCUUCUUUGUUGUGUGAAAUGGUGCCUAGUGAUAUACUUUGGAGAUAAGCAAGCAAAGGAAGCUGCAUGGAAUGGGAGUUUUUGUUGGGAAGUCAUAGGGUUCCAUCGUCUUCUGCGUAAUAAAUAAAUGAACUCACGUGUAAUGCUAAACCCCAACAUGCAUGUCUUCUGCCUCCAGUUUUUCACAUAGUACCCAAAAGUUGCCAGCUUUGUCUGAUCUGGUUGGCGUCCCCAGUCCCCACCUCUCCCACUUGUUUCAAUGGUUUAUUAUACCUCUAACACCUGCUACAGUGAAUUCCGGUAGAGCAUGAGUGGCCCACAUAGAAGUUCACAAGUAGCAAUCCCAAUUCUUCGUUGUCUUCCCCAGAUUUUACUCAUUUAUUCUGGUUUCAUAUGCUCCUUCCCUGACUGCUUCUCAUAUAUCCUAGUUUUGAAACCUGUCCAGUCAGGAAACAAAAAGACUUUGCCAGCUUUAUUCUCCUGUUCUUGAACAAUUUGCUUGGCCUGCCAGCUAUCCCUUUAUCCAACCGUUUAGUACUACUUCAAGCGCUCCUACUUACCUAUAUAAAGGAUCGUCAAGCGCAAGUUCUAACAUCAUACAACUUCAUUCCUCUCAAGUGCUUGUCAGCUCUCUGUCUUUGUUUAGGAAAGGAAGAUGUCAUCCUCUUCUAGGCUUUCCUCAAUACUUUUGCUUUUUCUGUUUGUAUUUACUCUAAUAACAGCCUCGGAAGGAAACUUCUAUGAAAACUUCGACAUUACAUGGGGCGGCAAUCAACGUGCUAAGAUACUCAAUGGAGGCCAACUUCUGACACUUUCUCUGGACAAAACUUCUGGCUCCGGCUUCAGGUCCAAGCAUGAAUACCUCUUUGGAAGAAUUGACAUGCAAAUCAAGCUAGUACCUGGCAACUCAGCUGGCACUGUCACUACAUACUAUUUGUCUUCUGAAGGCCCAACCCAUGAUGAGGUUGACUUCGAAUUUUUGGGCAACUUGUCUGGAGAUCCUUACAUACUCCAUACCAAUGUGUAUAGCCAGGGAAAGGGUAACAGAGAACAACAAUUUUAUCUCUGGUUUGAUCCCACGAAAGCUUUCCACACCUACUCUAUUGUCUGGAAUCCUCAAUGUGUCAUAUUCAUGGUUGAUAACAUUCCUAUCAGGGUAUUCAACAACAUGGAAUCAAUGGGUGUUCCAUUCCCCAGCAACCAACCCAUGAGGCUUUACUCCAGUCUUUGGAAUGCUGAUGACUGGGCAACAAGAGGUGGCCUUGUAAAGACCGACUGGGCACACGCUCCUUUCACUGCUUCUUACAGAAAUUUCAACGCCAAUGCUUGUAUUUGGUCAUCAUCUCAGUCAUCUUGUGCCUCCAAGUCAACCAAUUCUCUGCAGACGACUGCUUGGCAAGAUCAAACACUUGAUGCACCUGGCCGGAACAGACUAGGAUGGGUGCAAAAGAUGUUCAUGAUUUACAAUUACUGCACUGACUUUAAACGAUUCCCUCAGGGGCUCCCACCAGAAUGCAAGAGGUCAAGAUUCCUCUAGGGAGAAUACCCAAUAAAGUUAAUUUAUUACUAGUUCGCCAAUGUGAUAUGGUGGUCCAUGAAAUUUUUUAUUCUUUAUGAAAAUAUGCAUAAAUAAGUUCCUUUCUCUUUGCCUUAUUUUUCUUCAGAACAUUCAGUCUUCCAAUUGUAUGCCUGUUACCUAAACCACUUUC